CGACGACGUUGACUUGGUGAAGCGAAUAGAACGCCGAGAGCCGUCGGGAGGGAAUCGGGAGAAGCUCUGCAAGACCCCUUGAAACUCUCUCUCUCUCUCUCUCUCUGUGGAAAGCUCUUUCAUCUCUUACAUUCGAAGUGACCACACGGUUUUCCGUUGAAAAUGGACAUCGAUUCUGGGGUGCAGAAUAUGAGUACCAAGUCUCCGGAAGAAGGUGCAUCGAUGCAAGUAGAAACCCAAGACUCAUCGAACUCUAAGGGCAAGGAAAAGGAGGAGCUCAGCGAGUCAUUUCAAAAGCUACAAAUUCAGCAACCAGGGUCCUUAUUCAAGAGAAAACCAGUCAUUAUCAUUGUCAUUGGGAUGGCAGGUAGUGGCAAAACAACUUUCAUGCACAGGCUGGUCUGCCACACUCAAGCUUCAAAUAUUCGAGGUUAUGUUAUCAACCUCGAUCCUGCCGUUAUGACCCUCCCUUUUGGUGCCAAUAUCGAUAUAAGAGACACAGUGAAGUAUAAAGAAGUGAUGAAGCAGUUUAAUCUCGGGCCUAAUGGAGGAAUCCUUACCUCACUUAAUUUGUUUGCCACUAAGUUUGAUGAGGUUGUCUCUGCAAUUGAGAGGCGGGCAGAUGCAGAUCAAAUUGAUUAUGUUCUUGUGGACACUCCUGGGCAGAUCGAGAUAUUUACUUGGUCUGCUUCUGGAGCUAUUAUCACUGAAGCCUUCGCCUCUACCUUUCCAACUGUGAUCGCUUAUGUUGUUGAUACUCCUCGUUCGGAAAGCCCGGUUACUUUUAUGAGCAACAUGCUCUAUGCUUGUAGCAUACUGUACAAGACUAGGCUGCCUAUGGUUUUGGCGUUUAACAAAACUGAUGUGGCUCAACAUCAAUUUGCCCUGGAGUGGAUGGAAGACUUCGAGGUAUUUCAGGCAGCUCUAGAUUCUGAUCACUCGUACACAUCAACUUUGACUCGGAGCCUCUCCCUUGUGCUGGACGAGUUCUACAAGAACCUGAGGUCUGUCGGAGUGUCAGCAAUCUCUGGCUCUGGAAUGCAUGAGUUCUUCAAAGCCAUCGAAGCAAGCGCUGAGGAAUACAUGGAGAAUUACAAGGCAGAUCUUGACAAGAGGCGGGAAGAGAAGCAGCGGCUGGAGGAAGAAAGGAGGAGGGCGAACAUGGAGAAGCUGAGGAAGGACAUGGAGAAAUCAGGAGGAGAGACUGUGGUCUUGUCCACUGGGUUGAAGGACAGAAAGGAUAGUGCCAUGACGGACGAGCAGCUUGAAGAUGAAGAGGAUGAGGAUAUCUAUGAGAGAUUCUCCGAGGAAGAGGAUGAGGAAGAUGCCAUCGAUGGGGACGAAGAUGAGGAGGUCGAUAAGUUCUCAUUUUAGCACCUAAACAUUAUCUGAAUUUGGAGAGUAUGUUUGACAUUUUGGCCCUGUAUAGUUACUGAUCUUCUGAGGAAACUUAGGAAACCACUGCUGUUGCGACUGAAAAAUGCCAUUGGCAAAGGUGAUGGGUCGCUCGGUGUUGGUAGUGAUUGAACAUGCAAAAUUAUGUUUGACUCAUGAAUCGAGUGUGCUUUCGUUCAUAUUGAUGCCGAGUAUACCAAAGUUAUAAAAGAAGCUGCAGUUGCCUCUUUUA